GCGCUUUCUCUUUCAUCACCCCCGUUCCACCCACAGCCUUCAUUUCCACAGACGGCAAUUAUUAUUACCAAAAAAAAAUAUAUAUAUCCGGCCGCCGUAACACAGCAUUAGGGUUUAGCCUCAUUGAUCUCAAAACCCUUCCAUUUUCCCACUCCAACAACCUCUUUGUAAAUCCAGAGUAAUGGAAAUAGCUAUUCGCUCAUCAAUUUCGCGAUUGCCAAACGCUCACACUUCACUUCCCGUCGAAGUUAGGGUUCCGGCGCGUCUCAGGACCACAAACUGGGAACACACCGAGGCUUUGCAGCACUCAACUAGGAACGACGGCGCUUCCAGGAUCAAAUGCGUCGACUCAUCAGAUUUUGCAGCAAAGACUAUGGAAGUGGAAAUGGACAAUGGAAGUGCUGACGGCGGAGGAAGUGGGGGAGACGGGAGGUUUUCGUCGGGUGGCGGAGGCGGAGGAGGAGAUGAUAGUGAAGAGAGUGAUUACGAGGAAGAGGAGUUUGGACCGGUGAUGAGGUUUGAAGAAGUGAUGAGAGAGACGGAGAAGCGAGGGACGAGUCUUCCAUCGGAUAUGAUCGAGGCUGCGAAGACUAUUGGGCUUCGUAGUUUGGUUCUUAGUCGAUACUUGGAUUUGCAGGGAUCAGCUUGGCCAUUAGGCUUUUUGAUGAGGCAUUUUGGGAUGCUUCGAAACAGAAUGCUUGCUGAUCCAUCUUUUCUUUUUAAAGUUGGAACAGAGGUAGUCAUUGAUUCUUGUUGUGCAACAUUUGCGGAAGUGCAAAAAAGAGGAAAGGAUUUCUGGGCAGAAUUCGAGUUGUACGCGGCAGAUCUUUUGGUUGGUGUGGUUGUUGAUAUUGCUUUGGUUGGCAUGCUAGCUCCAUACACUCGUUUUGGGAAGCCAUCUACCUCAAGCGGCUUAUUUGGACAAAUUAACCGUGCUUGUGGAGCUCUUCCAAGCAGUGUUUUUGAAGCUGAAAGGCCAGGAUGUAAAUUUUCAGCGAAGCAGCGGAUUGUUACAUACUUUUACAAGGGCAUAAUGUAUGGAUCAGUCGGAUUUGGGUGUGGUCUUAUUGGCCAAGGCAUUGCAAAUUUGAUCAUGACAGCUAAACGAAACAUAAAGAAAUCAGAAGAGGACAUCCCUGUGCCACCUUUGCUGAAAAGUGCUGCUCUCUGGGGUGUUUUUCUGGCAGUGUCUUCCAACACUCGCUAUCAAAUCAUAAAUGGGCUGGAAAGCCUCGUCGAAGCGUCUCCUCUUGCGAAGCAGGUCCCACCUGUUGCAAUGGCGUUUACAGUUGGAGUGCGAUUUGCCAAUAAUAUCUACGGUGGAAUGCAAUUUAUAGAUUGGGCUAAAUGGAGUGGCGUGCAAUAGCAACAUCUUCUCUGAUAAGAGUUUUGCUUCUUCGACUUUUAGACCGAAGGAUUGCACGUUUCUUGGCUGUGGAGGCAGAUGAAGGGAAAACACAAGUGGUGCCAAAGUCAGAGACAAAGCGCGUAAUAAAUUAUUUCCUGGUGAAAGUGAGACGUUUCAGGAUCUUUCACGAAAUCUUAUGUUGUCUCGGUAAUUAUCAGGAGUAGAAUAAUCACCAGCUCAGCAGCAUCCGAUGAACCAAUUUUUGCAGGGAUAGUUUAGCUAAAUAUCUUCCUUGUAUUUAGGUAGUGGUUUGAAUAGAGGAUUUGAGGUUCUUUUAAACCAACGCCGUGUUUGUUUGCAA